UUGAUUGAUUUGUUUCUGAGUGAACUUGAAUUCCAAGUUGAUUUCUGAUUCCAUAAAUUCAACAAUAAAUUUAUAACUCAUAGAAAGAGCCCAGUAGAAAUUAUUUUAUUGUGUUCGCUAUGGAGCUGCGAGUCUAAUAAAAUAUUUUCAGUUAGUAAAGCUUUCGUGAGUGGUUGCAAUAUCCUCGGUCAAAAAUGGGCGAUGGUCAGAAUGGAUUGGAUGAUUCUGAGAUGCUCAAAGCCCUCUAUGAUUUUGAGGCUACCUUGGCCAAAACUCUGAGUUUCUGUGAAGGCGAGUUUUUCUUUCUUCAACAAAGCAACACGAAGCAGAGAAACUGGUGGCAUGUUGUUAAUAGGAAGGGUCAAGUUGGGUUCGUCCCCUCUAAUUAUGUUGCCACAGUCAAGGUUGAGCCGGAUUUUUUUGUGACAUUCAUCAAUGAUUGCAUCAAGAACUUGAAUGAUUGCAAUGCUGUCUCAACUCAGAAACAAGAAUUAUUAGCUAGAUUGCAUGAGAAGAAGAAGCAGAUUCAAAUGUCAAUGAAACCUCAGAGUAAAAAGCCACCAGCACCAAAGCCCCCACCACGUCUUGAUGAUACCACCCCCCCUAAUGGAGUCUCCCCAUCAUUUGACUUGAGACCUGUGGUAUCUCAACAGCAAAUGUCAGAGGAAAGGGAAUCUUCACAGUCCCCACCAAAAUCUUCUAAAGAUAAUGAUGGAAUCAAAAAGAAAACUGUAGCUAAAACAUCUUCAAACCAACUUUCUUCUGACAUGGACAACCAGGAUGAUAGCCAGGAUAGCAGUGAGAGUGUCAAGCCAAAUGCGAUCUAUGAGAUUGUUCAAGCUGUGCGGAAGGAGACCCAACUCAGCCAUGAGAUGUCCAAAGUGGCAGUUGAGACAGUUCUUAUUUCAUUGAGGGAAUUUCUCCCCGGCGGUGCAGCAAGAUCGAUAAUCGACGCUCUCCUCAGAGAAGCUAAUAGUAACAUAACAUGCCCUAAGAACGCUAUAGACGCCGCUCCGGACGCCCUCAGAAUGAUGACGGCUCUGAACUCGCUCUCAAAAGCGGCUAACGACGCUCAGCAAAGAGGCUGGGCGUUACAUGACGAUGCGCAUGAUAUACAAACUCAGCUGCUUGAACUCAUUUCAGUGAUGUCAAAUGCCGACGUAAACAUAUCGCAACAUGUUCUGAGCAGCCACAAGUAUGUUUACGUGACCACUCUGGUCCAAUAUUACCAGAUGGAGACCCGGUGGCCCCUUAGGCAGCUUCUUUUGCAGGCAUUUGGCGUGAUGUGUGGAUUGGAACGUACGGCACUGGCAACCCUAGCAUUGUCGGCUCUUCCAGCUGAAAUAGCUAGAGAUAUGCGCGACAACCCGCGCGCAGUCAGCCGCUUGUCGCACUCCGCACUUCUACUCUCUAUGGUGUUGUCUAUGGGCGAUAAAUUGCCGAUCACACACUUUGAACAACUUGGCGUAGAAUUUGCCCAAUUCCUCCUAGAGUUGAUUGAGGAUCCGCCUGAAACCGAUGUAGAUGAGCAGAUUCCAGACCUGUUCCUGACACUCCUGCUUGCUUACAAUCUACAGUUUGAGAAUUCGGCUGAUAAUAUGCUCCUCAACGCUUUGGAGACCAGAGACAAUGCUAAGACUUUCUGUGAGAAGAUACUGUUACUGCUCAAUCGUGAAGAGGAUCCGGUACACAUAUUCGACCACGAGCCUGCGCCCGCGCAUUCAGUGCUGAAGUUAGUCAUAGACUUGUUCAGCCGCAAAAAGACCGCUGACCACUUCUACACGAAUGACGUCAAUGUUGCCAUCGACAUCAUCGUGAGACAACUGGCGGACCUGUCGCCUGGUGACACUCGUCGCCUCCAGUAUCUGAAGAUCCUGCAGGGCAUCAUCAGGAACACGGACUACGGCGUCCACCUGCACCGCCGCCAGGACCUUCUCCGCUGUUUCGCUCGCAUUUUCUGCGAAGAAGUCGAAGCGAGCCGCGACGACCAGGCUUUAGUGCGCGCGAUCUCUAACGAAUUCCCACAAUACUUCAAGGCCUAAGGUGUAUUAUUACAAUGCUCCUUGGUCACUGGUAUCGAAGGAUUUCUUCAUGAAAAAAAAAUUAGGCAUCUUUUGUCAACGGCGAUAUAGAUGUAAGAGAUUAUGUUCACAAGAGUGAAGAUCUAGGUUAGAAGUUACUAUUCUUGGAAAAAUCUGUCGCGAUUUUGAAUGUAAGGUUACGUGUGAUUUUAAAUAAAAAGUCUUAAGAUCUCAUUAAAAUUUACCAGGUCAAAGAGAUAAAGAAACGUUGAAAAGUUGUUAUAGUUCUAAAUUAUAUACAUAUAUCAUCUUUGAAAAAUUAAUUUAUCUGUCAUUAAUUUUAAACAAUUUUUUUCACUAAAUAUUCUAAUAUCAAUUUAACAAACUACAAUCCCACCAAAAUUUCACUUUGAAUUAUUAAGAAGUUUAAUCAAAAUUUCAAGUCGUGUGAAUGUUAUAGGCACAGUAUAAAAAAGUAAUGCUUUAAAUUGGCUGUGUUUUACCGCCAUUGCCUCGCGGUCUUUGUUCUGUGUUGUAUCUGUGAAUGAAUAUUGAGAUCUCGGGUGUAAUUGGUAUGUCAGUUGGUAGGAUAAGAAUUAAGAAGUAUUUAAUUGAAAUGACUGCUAAAAUGUGUGUCUGAUCCAAAGAAUUUGGAAAAAUCGGGACUUAUAAAAGUGGUAAGUACUGGUACCUCGAUGGAACUAAUAGUAAUCGCUACUAUUAAUCACCAAUGCUUUUAAGCCUAUAAGCCCCUCAAUUCAGAGUUUUAUGUGCGCAGUUGUAAGUGUAGAAAAAUAUAGUAAUACGACGACAAACCUAUAGUUUCCAAUGCAAUAUGGCAUUUCCAUUAUUCCGAUUUCUAUGGACCGAUCGUAUAUUUCUUCGCAAAAUUUAUAAUAAUUCUAAAAAUCUCACAAACACUUAUUACACGGAAAGCUACUAACAUUAGCACAAAUUGAUUCUGCAUUUAUUGUUUGUUUGUAACAUAUUUUUUAAGGAUGCAUGUUGAUAUAGUUUUCAUUUCCUCAUUAAAUACCGCCAUAUUAUUUUGCCAUCAGUAAAGCAAAUGUUUCUUAUUCGGUAAAUAUUAUGACUGUUUAAGACAGGAUUUUAUUACUUUGUUCCUUUAAAAUUACAACAUGGUUCAUAAUGUCAUUCCAAAAAAGAAAAACACGGCUUUUAAGCUAUCGCUUAUAAUCCAUAUUGAUGAUUUAACUUCAAAACAGAUAGUAUAAAAUUAUGUGAAAGUUCUAAUUAUUUUUCAUUUUAACGCGCCAUGCGUUUCACACCAAAGAUGUUGGCUAUUUAAUUUUUUUAUAUUGUAUUGUUACUAUUUCAAUCAGUCAUUUAUUCACUCAUCAUCAUGCCCUUUUCGGAAUAACGAAUCAAACCCAAUUCCUACGUUGUAGUAGGUUCUCUCAGUCAUUAAUACAGUUUUCAUUUAUUCAUUCGCUCAUAAAUCCUUAAUCCGUAGUGUAAACCGUCAAUUACAUGCUUUAAAAGGUGUCCAUUUAAUAGCCAUAUUUACUACAAUUUAAAUUUCGGCCUAAAUACGUUAUAUCCUGUUAUGAUGUAUUCAAAAAUAUGUAUGGCUAUGGCCAUUUGAAGUAUAAUUUACUUACGGUCGACCAAAGAGUUUCUUUUCUGUGGAUUGUUUUGGGUUGCGUUGGUUAACUAUUUGGAAGCGUUUUUGACUAGAAUCUUGAAAUACUUUUUUCUAUAUACAAUUAUUAUAAAACAGGUGAUAAUAAUUUAAAUGAUAGAAAUUAAUAAACGAUUGCUUUAUACUUUUUGUUGGUAAUAUGCUUCUGGUCGGCUGUAUAGUAAAUUCUUUAAAAAAAUUAAUUGCUAGCUAGUGUAUGUAGUAUUUUAAACAUUCGAAUGUAUUGCAUGCGAUUUCAAACUCCUUGUCGUAAAGAAAAUGGUUAUUUGUUCAUAUAUAAAUAUUAAACUAUAUCUGAUCAAAGCCUAAAUUAUGAUAAUCAUGUUACACAAAUUAUGUACUUACUAAUACACAGAGUUAAUAUUUUUGCAAAGCAACUUACUAAUCUCACGAUAUAGUCAAAAUUAGUCAUCUUAUUAUUAAUUAUAGGAUACAAAAACAAUAUUUACAAAAAAUAUUAUUGCACAUUUUAUUACGUCAAAAGCUAUGCGUGUCAUUUUAGUUUAAGUUAACUGUUAAUUAUGAAACCUUUAUAGUUUACGAGACAGCUGCACUUUUGUCAAAGCCUCAUCGACUGCAGAGGAGAACCAUAGAUCAUUUGAGCCUUGCAUUUAUUCUAUGUCGUUCCAUUAAAAUUUUGUGUUUUUUAUGCAUAUAGAAAUGUUGAUUAUAAAUUAUAUAUGGUAUUGCGUUGCUUUGUUUUAAAAUUUUAUUUAUGCUUAGCGUUUAUUUAAUAACAAAUUAAAAGGUUCAAAUAUUUCCAGGGUAGAUUCAGGCGAGGGCACUGAAUCUCUUAAAAGUAUUUGUACCUAAUUUGACGACUUUAUAAGAACAGAUAGUUAUUUUUUGCAAUACUUAAUCAAGCACUCAAUUUUUUUUUGUUUUGCCUAUACAAGUCUUAUUGAAUUUUUUUUUUCAUCGACCAAAAUUUCAGGGUCUCUAUAGAUUAGCAGAUAAAAAUAAUUAUUCCUAUCAUUAAAAUAAGAAACUUGUUCAUUAUGAGAGCUUAGGAGAAUCAUGACAUUAUUUCAUAUGUUUAAAUAGUGGUAUUUUUCUUAAUUUUCAACAGAUUUCCUUGUGAAAAGGACACUAGUAAACAUCUUGUAGUGAUAAUGAUUAUAACCUAUUUUAUAUUUGAAAAUUCAGUUGAAUGUACUUAAAUAUCGGUCAUCAAAUGUUCAAAUUUAGUACUCUAACGUUAUAUAUUGAUUAAAUGGGAAUAUUUUACACACUGUUGCUUAUUUCAACGAAUUUACUGUUAUUGUGUAAAAGAUAUUAUUUUAAAUGGUGCUCAAAGUUGAAGCCAAAUCUUCGUAGAUGACUUAGAUUAGUCUCUAAUGCUGAUAAGAUUUUAAAUUUUACUUAUUUGUUGUAUUUAUAUUAUUAUCGAUUAAAAGUAAUGAAAACAUCUACAAGAUUUUUAGGUAACGCCGUAAUGUGAAGUUUCAAAUUAGUAAAGAUGAUAAAGUGUGAUGACUUUUUAUUGUCAUCAUAAUUAAAAUUAUAAAACCUUGUUCCUGUAUCAAUUGAAAUUAGAAUGUAGUGGUUCUUUUUUAAGUAUUUUGCUUAGUGGUCAUGACCUGCUUUCCAGAAUAAAGCUAAUAUUUCCGAAAUACCUAUAUGCGGAAUAAUUUAUCCCUUCUCAUUACUUGUAAUGUUCAACGUCAUGUGCUUUUAUGUAUCGUUAGCAUUUCUGGCGCAAACUUUAUGCUCUCAUAAAAUCUACACUCUAUCUAGAUUGAGGUUGUCAAAAUAUAUGAAUAAUAAAAUGUUAAGUA